CUUGUCACAUACUAAUCACCGUGUUUAGGUGUUGGUUUUGGUGCUGGUGGUCGUUUUUCUUUGACCCUAGACAGAGGCAGAGAUAGUGGUGAAUGCUGGAGGAGUUUGCAUCUCUGAGCUUGGGACUGGGCGAUCUUUGUCCACAUACCAGGGCAUCUGACCACCUCCAUUUGAGCAGUGGUGCAUUGUCCCCGCCAACCACCUGUGUCGUCUGUUUUCUGCAUGUGUGCAUUUGAGUGGAGGACAGAGCCCUCCACUGACGCUGCGUAUGGUUGUGUCCCCUUCCUACCAGCGUAGCUUGGAAACAAGAGUAUGGACUGUGGUGCCCCACUGUCUGGUGUUGACUCCUGGUUUCACCACUGGCUAGCUUUGUGACUGGGAGAGCUUAGUUAAGUCCACCACCCCUCGGUUUCUCCUGUAAAACAGUAGUCAUAACAGAACCAACCUCAGGCUUAUGGUGAGCAUAAGUAGAACUUGGCACAAGGAAGUGCCACAUAAAUGGUCAUCGUUUUAUUAGUAGCAUAAUCGCGGGCAUCCCACACCUGGAGAAAAAAAUCCAUAGGUAGAAAAGCAAAAAGAUGAGGCCUAGAGUAAAGGUUUCAGGUUCAGAGGUAAAAUAACUUGGACGUCUAGAUCAGGGCUUAGGUUCAGAAUUGUGUAGUCAGGGUCCUGGGAGGGCAGCAGUAGGGUGGAGGAGGUGGGAUCAGGAACAGAGGAUCUUCCUGAUGGAGAUGUCCCUAGGGAGCCCAUGGGGUCAAGAACAGAACUUUGAAGUGACAGGGACUAAGGGAUGUUCUCAUAUAACACAUGGAUCUGGAAAUGUUUCUGUCCAGACCAGUGUUUCACAGCCUUGUCACUGUGACAUUUGGGGCCAGAUAGUUUUUUGUUGGGAGAUGGGAGGGGGUGCUAUUCUAUGUAUUAUAGGAUGUUGUGCAGCAACCCUGGGCUCUAUUUACCGGGCCAGUAGCACACCGCACCUCCCUUCAGAUUGUGACAAGCGAAAAAAAAAAAUGUCUCCAGACACUGUCAAGUGUCCUCUGCAGGGGCAAAAUCACUCUGACUGAGAGGACGGUGAUGCAAAAGCAUGGACAGACCCAGGGCACGAUGAGAGGGAGAAGAGUAAGGGAGCUGGGGAAGGCAGGGAGGGAAGAGAUGAUAAAGGGAUAGUGUUCUGAGAUGAGAAGAAAGGUGUUCAUGGCCUGCAGCCUGGGUAAGCUCCGAGAUGCAUUCAUUCGUUCAACCAGUGAGUGCCUACCAUGGACUGGGCACUGUGCUAGUCUCUAAACAAAACAGGCAAGGUUUCUACUCAGCUGGAGCUUGCAUUUAGUGGGAGAGACAAAAAUAAAGUCUAUAAUAGGUGCCGAUAGGUAUUUUGAAAAGGAAAGCAGGGUAAAAGGAUUACCAGGCGUUGUUAGGUGUUUUUUUCAGAGUCAACAUCCAGGUCUCCCAUGGGCAUCUUGGUCAACUCCAGAGCCAGGAAUGGCCACCAGCAGUGACCCUCUGGAAUCCCUUGAUUAGGGAAUCUAAGAGUUUGACUUUGAUCUUACCGAAGACUUUUCUCUUCACUGAGGUCUGGACUUCAUCAGAAACAGGUCAGAUCUCUAGCUCUGCCCUUGAGACUCUGAGACUCAAACGUUAUUCCAAAUGAUGGCUUCACGUUACUGUCACCUUGGAAUGCUGUAUUAAAAAAAUAAAAUAAAAUAAAAAGGCGGGUCAGACUCAAUCCCCAGAGAUUCUGAUUUACUUGGUCUGGCAUAGUGAACUGCCAUCAGCUGUCACUAUUUAUUAGAAAGCUCCCAAGAGACUAAGGUACGCACAGAGUUGAGAGCUACGACUCUGAGUGCCUGCAGCCCAGGCUCCUUUGGGGCCUCUGGGAAUGAGAUAAAUUGAUUUGGAGGAGUCAGGGGGAGGAUGCAAGUGACCUCUGCUUGGAUAUCUUAUCAAAAACAGUCCUCAGAGCUGCACUUUCCUGCAGUAGGGAUAUUCCUAGCCCCAUCCUGCAAGUGAGGAAACCUAAUCUGUUCCCACACAAAGUGGGGAAAUGGCAGGCUAGACAUGCAUAUGCAUAGCCUGUGUUCUUCCUGUAACAGCUGUGCUGCGGUCUUUGGUGAAAUUGCAUACAUACGUUCCUGGCCUCUGGGACUGGCAGGUUCAGGCCAGGAGUGAUCUUUGAAUAUUUGACAGCUGGUACAGCAAUAGCUGACUGGCCCAAAGGAGGCAGUGAGGCUGUGGCAGUGCAUUUAAUGGCUGGUUUUCAGUAUAUCAGAACCCUCCCCCAGUUCAAUACCCAGCACAGCCCCCCAGGCUCAAAGGGGUGCCAGGGCAGGAGGGGAAGUUCCCUCAGUUAUUUGCCUCAGAGGGGAGGCACAACUACUGUUCAGUAGCUCUUUGAAGCAUGUUCCAGCCGUCCUCACCUCAGGAAGACGUAGCUUUGUGCCUUUCAAAGCCCUUUCUCAUCUAUCAUCAGGGACUCAGAAGAUGAGCCAGGUUUACAGCCCUGCCUUGAUGUGGUAUGUGCGACCCAGCCUUCUUUUAUUUCGUUUGUUGUUUUGAAGAUGUAAUUAUACGUUCAUGACACAAAAACAAAGCAUAGAGAGCAAAAAGCGGGUUUUGGAUUUUUCCAAAUCCAAAAUAUGUUAUAUAUGUGGAUUCCCACACAUACAACCUGGUUCCUUUCUUCAGGGACAGUCACUGCUACAAACUUUUUGUUUAUCUUUCCAGCGCCUUUUCAAAGUCAUGUAUUUGUAUACUAUAUUUUGGUUUUUCUAAAUGGCUUUUCUGUAUUUUUCCCCUUAUACCAUUUUAUCUUGGAGGUUUUUCAGCCUUAGCACAGUUGAUGUUUUGAGCCAGAUCCUUCUCUGCUCUGGAGGGCCGUCCUGUGCAUUGCAGGAUGGUGAGCAGCAUCCUUGGCCACCACUCACUGGAUGCCAGGGGCACCUCACCUCCCAGAUGUGACAACCAAAAACAGCCUCAGACAUUGCAAUUUUCUCAUGGGGGGCAAAAUUACCCCCAAUUAGGAAUCACUACUGUGGUUCUACUUUGUUCCUUUUAAUACGUGGUAUCUCAUUAUAUGCAUGUAAUAUUCACUGAACCAUUUUCCUAUUGAUGGGCCCUUAGGUUGUUUCCAGUCUCCUGAUGGUGGUAGUGAUAAUAAAAUUCUUAGCAUUGACCCUGCUUCCUGGCACUCCUCUAAAUGUGUUGCAUAUUUUGACUCAUUUAAUCUUCACCACAACCCUGUGAAGUCAUUACUGUGUUUUGUCACAUCUUGCAGAUGAGGAAGCGUAGCCCGGGAGAGGACAUGUAGAGUGUCUAAGUCCACACAGAUAGCGGAUGGCAGAGUUAAAUACUGAACCUAGACAGCCUGCUGCAGGCCCACACCCUUACCCAAGGAAAUGUACUGCCUCUUUCUAUAAACUCUGCCACGGUGAAUACCCUUGUGUGUCUCUCAUUGUGCACAUGUGCAAAGACAUCUGAAGACAUGUACAGGAAAUAAGAUUGCUGGAUUAAAGAGUAUAACGGGGGUGAAGAAUGUGUAUCUUCAGUCUUAAAGACAUUGCCAAAUUGCCCUCCAUUGAGGUUACACCAAUUUCUCUCCUCCAGCACUAGAUAAGAAUUCUAAUCUCAGCCUUUUUAGUGGGUCUUAGUCUUUGUUGGUCUCUUGGAUGCGUGGUAUGUGGUUGACCCUUGAACAGUGCAGGGGUGAGUGGUACCAACCCCCUGUACUGUAGAAAAUCCACAUAUAGUUUUGACUCCCCAAAGAGUUAAGUUCUGAUAGUCUAAUGGUCACUUUACUGGCACCUAAGCAAUAACCUAAACAAUCUGUUAACACAUAUUUUGUGUGUUACAUGUAUUACAUACCCUAUUCUUACAAUAAGAUAGAAGAAAAUGUUAUUAAGAAAAUCAUAAGGAAAAUAUAUUUACUGUUCAUUAAGUAGGAGUAGUUUUCAUAGUCAUGGCCUUCAAGUUGAGUAGGCUGAGGAGGAAGAGGAGGGGCUGGUCUUACUGUCUCACAGGUGGAAGAGGUGGAGGAGCUGGAAGGAGAGGCAGGAGAGGUAGGCACACUCAGUGUAACUUCCCUUGAAAAACAUCUGCAUAUAGGUGGACCCUCACAAUUCAAACUAAUGUGGCUCAAGGGUCCACUGUAUUGUAAGUUGAAGAGGAAAAGGAAGGCAAGCAAUGACCAUGUUCCAGUUACCAAAGACAUCACAUGUAAAUAUCCUAACAGCAGAGGUGAGGUAGGUUUUCUUUACCCCAUUGUAUAGAUGAGCAAACAGGCUUUGUGUAACUUUUUCACAGCCAGUAAUUGGCAGACGCAAGCUUUGAAUCCAGGAUUAUCUAAUAUCAAACUGCUGUUCUUUCUUCCCCAGUAGUGCCGAGUUCCUUGAAGAAAAUUGUUUUAUGGACAGUGUAUGAGUCUGUUUUCACGCUGCUGAUAAAGACAUACCGGACUCUCAGUUCUACGUGGCUGGGGAGGCCUCACAAUCCUGACGGAAGGGUGGAUAGUGGACUUCUGCCCCGUGUGAGGAGUGCAGUGUGUGCAGCUUGUGGAUAGGGCCUCAAAUCCAGGCUCCAUCAGCUAAAGCUCUGUGACAACAGCCCUGCGUUACCAGCUCUCUGCCCCUCUCUGAGUGUGGACCUUAAAGGGGGAGAAGGGAUGCCAGCUGCACGGGGGAAAUCCAAAUCCAAGGCACCUAUAACAUUUGGGGACUUAGCCAUCUACUUCUCCCAGGAGGAGUGGGAAUGGCUGAGCCCCAUUCAGAAGGAUUUGUAUGAAGAUGUCAUGUUGGAGAAUUACCGGAACCUGGUCUCGCUUGGUCUUUCCUUUCGGAGACCAAAUGUGAUCACCUUAUUGGAGAAAGGGAAAGCGCCCUGGAUGGUAGAGCCAGUAAGAAGACGCCGGGCUCCUGACUCGGGGUCUAAGUGUGAGACCAAGAAGUUACCUCCAAAUCAAUGCAGCAAAUCUGGGCAAAGCAUCUGCCAGAAACUAGUUUCUGCACAACCAAAAGCUCCUACACGAAAGAGUGGCUGCAACAAAAAUUCAGUCCUAAUAAAGGCUAAGAAAGGGCAUUCCGGGAAGAAACCUUUAAAAUGUAAUGACUGUGGUAAAACCUUUAGUCGAAGCUUCUCUCUUAAACUUCAUCAGAACAUUCAUACUGGAGAGAAGCCUUUUGAAUGCAGUAAUUGUAGAAAAGCUUUCAGACAGAUCUCAUCCCUCGUACUUCAUCAGAGAAUUCACAGUGGAAAGAAAAGCCAUGAAUGUGAUAAAUGUGGGGAAAGCUUCAAUCAAAGAACAACCCUUAUUCUACAUAGGAGAAUUCAUGAUGGAAAGGAAAUUCUUGACUGUGAGAAGGCCUUGAGUCAAUGUCAGUCUUUCAAUAUACAUCAGAAAAUUCACGUUGUUGGGAAUGUCUGCCAGUGCAAAAAGUGUGGGAAAGCCUUCAGUCAGAUGUCAUCCCUUUUACUUCAUAAAAGAAUUCACAAUGGAAAGAAAACACAUAAAUAUAAUAAAUGUGGGAGAGGCUUCAAAAAGAAAUCAGCCCUUGUUAUAAAUAAAAGAAUUCAUGCUGGAGAGAAAAUCCCUGAAAAUGUGAAGGCCUUAAGUCAGAGUCUACAGCAAAGAAAUCACCAUUUAGAGAAUCCUUAUAAAUGCAGAAAAUGUGGGAAAUUCUUUAAUAGGAUUUCACCCCUGAUGCUUCACCAGAGAAUUCACACUUCAGAGAAACCAUACAAAUGUGAUAAAUGUGACAAGCUCUUCAGGCGGCUUUCAACCCUUAUUCUGCAUCUAAGAAUUCAUAAUGGAGAAAAUCUAUACAGAUGCAAUAAAUGUGAGAAGGUCUGCAAUCGGCAUUCAUCCCUUAUUCAACAUCAGAAAGUUCAUACAAAGAAAAAGAAACUAUUUGAGUGUAAGGAAUGUGGGAAGAUGUUUUCUGGAACUGCAAACCUUAAAAUACAUCAGAACAUUCAUUCUGAAGAGAAACCUUUCAAAUGCAAUAAAUGUAGUAAAGUUUUCGGCCGCCAAUCAUUUCUUAUUGAACAUCAAAGAAUUCAUACUGGAGAAAAACCCUACCAGUGCGAGGAAUGUGGAAAAGCCUUCAGCCACCGAAUCUCUCUCACGCGACAUAAGAGAAUUCAUACUGAAGAUAGACCCUACGAAUGUGAUCAGUGUGGGAAGGCCUUCAGCCAGAGCGCACACCUUGCCCAACAUGAAAGAAUUCACACUGGAGAGAAGCCAUAUACAUGCAAAACAUGUGGUAAGGCCUUUAGUCAGCGCACAUCUCUUAUUCUACAUGAAAGAAGUCAUACUGGGGAGAAACCCUAUGAAUGUAAUGAAUGUGGAAAGGCCUUUAGCAGUGGCUCUGACCUUAUUCGACAUCAGAGAAGUCAUUCUUCAGAGAAACCCUAUGAAUGUAGUAAAUGUGGGAAGGCAUAUAGUCGGAGCUCAUCCCUGAUUCGACAUCAGAAUACACAUUCUGAAGAAAAAGCCUAAGGUGGUUUUAAAUCUAUAAAAUCAACGAAUGAGGCUAUCAAAGAUAUGGCAAAUAUUUGUCUAUAAUGUAAAUUUUGUGUAUAUGGGACCAUUUGAUGAUAUGUCCCACUUUGAAAGCCAAAGAGCAAAAGUCAUUGAUGAUUUUGACCUCAGGAUUUGAAAUUAACUGAAGGAAACUCAGAAGUUUGGUCAGCCAUUGGAAAUGAAGAUCAUUUUUUAUUUGAUAAGAAUGACUGGCUGGGCAGGAAAUGAAGAUCAUUUUUUAUUUGAUAAGAAUGACUGGCUGGGCACAGUGGCUCACACCUGGAACCCCAGCACUUUGGGAGCCUGA